AACCUCGAGUCCUCGACAAAAACCUGCACAAACUUGUUCAUAAAUUUUAUUAUCAACGGAAUCAUCAAACGAGCAACUUGUGUCUCUCCAAGAAUAAAAUUUAACCGUUGAAAUAAUCAACGUUUUUAAUAAUUAAUUUUAUUGUUUAAUUUACUAAGUUAUUUAAAUAAAAUCAAUCAUCAUGUUUUGGGGACUUAUCAUGGAACCAAACAAGCGGUACACCCAGACUGUGGAAAGACCUUUCCACGUGUCCAUGGCUACCCUCGACAUUUCAACUUCUGAUGAUGAACCUGUACAAGUUAUGUUGUGCUUUGAAUCACGCAACUAUCUUUUGUGUAAUUUGUCGAAAAAACAAUCUUGCCAAGCACCAUUGGACUUGAAUUUCCAAGAAGGUACAAAAAUUUCAUUCACUUCAAAUGGUAGUGGUCAUGUACAUUUGACUGGUUACUUGGUACCUGAAGACGAUAUGGACGAUUUUGAUGAAAUGGAUGAACAAGAAGAUGAAGAAGAAGAUGAAGAGGAAGUACCACAACUUGUUGGCAAACAAUUAAAACGCAAAGCAACAGACAAAAAUGAAGAAAGAACAAUGAAAAGAUUAAAGGAACUUGCUGAUACAAUUACUCAAAAUGGUCAAGAUAGUUCAUCAGAUUCUGAUGAUGCUAAUGAAGAAGAAGAAGAAGAAGAUGAUGAAGAAGAAGGUAUGGAACUUGAAUUUGAGGAUGAUGAUGAUGAUGAUGAUGACAAUGAUGACGAAGAUGAGGAUGUUGAUGAAGAAGAAGAAGAAGAAGAUGAUGAGGAUGUUGAUGAUGAAGAAGAAGAAGAAGAAGAAGAAGAAGAAGAGGAGGAAGAAGAAGAAGAAAAAGUAGAAGUAAAACCAAAAGGUAAACAAAAUCAACAACAACAGAAAAAUCAAAAGCAACAAAAAGAUGCCAAAGACAAAGCUGUUGUAGUCAAUGGAAAAGAUACAAAUCAACAAAAGAAAAAUAAAAAAGAACAACAACAAGAUAAACAACAAGCUAAAGCAACACAAGAAGUUAAACCAGAAGUUAAACAACAACAAGUACCAAAAAAACAAGUAUUAGGUGGUGGUAUUGUUAUUGAAGAACUUAAAGUUGGUACUGGUGCACCAGCUGUUAAAGGCAAAUUUAUAUCAGUUUAUUAUAUUGGAAAAUUGAAAAAUGGCAAGAAAUUUGAUGCAACACAAAGUGGAAAAGGUUUUAAAUUCCGUCUUGGUGGUGGUGAAGUUAUCAAAGGAUGGGAUAUUGGUAUUGUUGGCAUGAAAGUUGGUGGCAAAAGACGUGUCACUGUUCCACCUGCAAUGGGUUAUGGCAAAAAAGGAUCACCACCAGUUAUUCCAGGAAACAGUGUCUUGGUAUUCGACGUUGAACUUAAAGAAGUUCAUUAAUUUAAAUAAUCAACUUAAAAACAUUUAACAAUAUAAUAAACAAUAAAUUCUUUUUUUCAUUUAAAUCA